UGGAUACUGAACUAAGAAAAGAAUAGAAGAAAGAGGGAAACCAAAAGGGGAAGAGAAGGAGCUUGGUUACGGGAUGACGGUGUUGCAGGAACCUGUUCAGGCGGCUGUCUGGCAUGCUUUAAACCACUAUGCCUACCGUGAUGCUGUCUUCCUGGCAGAGAGACUCUAUGCUGAAGUGCACUCGGAAGAGGCGCUCUUCUUGCUGGCCACGUGCUACUACCGCUCGGGGAAGGCGUAUAAGGCUUACCAUCUCCUCAAAGGCCACAGCUGCACAACACCACAGUGCAAAUACCUGCUCGCCAAGUGCUGCGUGGAGCUUAGCAAGCUGGCAGAAGGAGAGCAGAUCCUGACGGGUGGAGUUCUGAACAAACAGAAGAGCCAGGACGACAUUGUGACCGAAUUUGGCGACUCUGCCUGCUUCACACUGGCACUGUUAGGGCAAAUCUACUGCAAAACAGAUCGCUUGGCAAAAGGCUCAGAAUGUUAUCAGAAGAGCUUGAGUUUGUAUCCUUUCCUCUGGUCUCCUUUCGAGUCGCUCUGUCAGAUUGGCGAGCGGCCAGACCCCGAACAGAUCUUCAAACUGACUUCCCCGCAGAGUUUAACCGGAGGGAACAGCGUAGGCGUCCCCCCACCUCCUGUCAGCCCCGCCCACACCCCCAGCCACAACAUGCCCCACCGACAGGUCGACACUGUCCUCAUGGAGACACCGCAAGACACUCUGGAACUAAACAGGCUAAAUCUAGAGUCUUCAAACUCCAAAUACUUCAACAUGAGCACGGACUCCUCCAUGUCGUACAUCGACUCCUCGGUAAUCUCGCCCGACGUGGCGCCACUGGGCACGGGCGGUUCGCUCCUGUCCAAACAGGUCCAAAACAAACCCAAGAGCGGACGCAGUCUACUGGGUGGGCCGGCAACCCUCAGCCCCAUCACGCCGAGCUUUGGAGUCUUGCCUUUGGAGCCCAGUCCAGGAGACCCCUCAUACUUGCAGAACUACAGUCACAGCGGCUCAGGGAUGGAACCACCCCCUCCAGCAGGCCCACCAAAGAAGUCUUCAGAGGUACUCCAGACUGUCUCCAGAAUCAGCCAAGUGGGGACAAAGUCAGUGUUUGCACAGAGUGGGAACAGCAGAGAGGUCAUUCCAAUCCCCUUCAACCAGACACAGACCACUGCCCCACAGACCAGUACCACACCGCAAGUGCUGAGCCCCACCAUCGCUGCUCCACCCAACGUGCAGCCUCGACGGAGCUCCAGACUCUUCACCAGUGCCAGCUCCACUGCCAAGGAGAAUAGCAAGAAGCUGAAAAUGAAGUUCCCCACCAAGAUCCCCAACCGGAAAACCAAGCCAAAAACAGGGAAGGGAGGAAUCACGCCCUCCAACCUGAACGAAAGCAUCGAGAUUCUCAAGCUGGACUCCUCAAUGUCGGAAGGGAAAGGCAGCAUCGGCUCUACCCAGUUUCAAGCCUUUACACUACAGAAGGCUGCCGCGGACGGGCUAAUGGCGUUGAUGCGGGACAUUGGGAAGGGCUACCUUGCUCUCUGCUCUUACAACUGCAAAGAGGCCAUCAGCAUCUUGAGUCAGCUCCCCUCUCACCACUACAACACAGGCUGGGUCCUGGGCCAGAUCGGCAGGGCUCACUUUGAGCUGGCCGAAUACAUGCAGGCCGAGAGAAUCUUCUCUGAAGUGCGACGUAUUGAGAGCUAUCGGGUGGAGGGCAUGGAGAUCUACUCCACAACACUGUGGCAUCUCCAGAAGGACGUGGCACUCUCGGCCCUGUCCAAAGAUCUCACCGACAUGGACAAGAAUUCACCAGAGCCCUGGUGUGUGGCUGGGAACUGUUUCAGCCUCCAGCGGGAACACGACAUAGCCAUUAAGUUUUUUACGCGGGCCAUCCAAGUGGACCCUAGCUUUGCCUAUGCCUACACACUGCUGGGCCACGAGCUGGUGCUCACCGAGGAGCUGGAGAAAGCCCUGGGCUGCUUCCGCAACGCCAUUCGCCUCAACACACGCCACUACAACGCCUGGUACGGUCUGGGAAUGAUUUACUACAAGCAAGAGAAGUUUAAUUUGGCCGAAAUCCACUUCAAGAAGGCCCUGAGCAUCAACCCUCAAAGUUCCGUGCUGCUCUGUCACAUAGGAGUGGUACAGCACGCACUGAAGAAGUCUGAGCAUGCAUUAGAGACACUGACGAGAGCAAUCAACAUCGACCCCAAGAACCCGCUAUGCAAAUUCCACAGGGCCUCCAUCCUCUUUGCCAAUGAAAAGUAUAAGGCUGCUCUGCAGGAACUUGAGGAGCUGAAACAAAUAGUGCCCAAAGAGUCCCUUGUUUACUUUUUAAUAGGAAAGGUAUAUAAGAAACUCGGCCAAACACAUUUGGCCUUAAUGAACUUCUCCUGGGCUAUGGACCUGGACCCCAAAGGGGCAAACAAUCAGAUUAAAGAGGCCAUAGACAAGCGAUACCUCCCUGACGACGAGGAGCCCGUCACCCCCGAGUCCUCCAUAGCGGAGGUGGAGGAAUCACAGGAGAGCAGUAUGACAGACGCAGACGACACACAGCUCCACACCACGGAGAGCGACGAGGUCCUGUAACAACAACAACAACAACAACACAUACACACAUCACACUUUUCCAUCUCUGGACUUAACUUAGAAACCAUGCCAACCAUCCUGGACUCAGCCCUGAGGCUCCAGUUGUGAAAACAA